GAUGAUGUCAUCUGUAGUCGUCGACUGAAAAUACACAAUACCAAACAGGCUAAUUCCUCGGCGCAUGUUGUUGAAACCAGCUUUGUUAAACAUUUAACUCACAAGCUUGCUAUUAUAAACCCAUACAUAAUGGCACUAGAGACGUGUCCUAAGGAUUUACGCCAUUUGCGGGCUUGCCUUUUGUGCUCCCUUGUGAAGACGAUUGACCAGUUUGAGUAUGACGGUUGCGACAACUGCGAGGCCUAUUUACAGAUGAAAGGGAAUCGAGAAAUGGUUUACGAGUGCACAAGUUCAUCUUUUGACGGAGUCGUAUCGAUGAUGAGCCCUGAGGACAGUUGGGUUGCCAAAUGGCAGAGAAUUAGCAACUUUAAACCAGGAGUCUACGCAGUUACUGUGACUGGUCGCUUACCUCCAGGUGUGGUAAGGGAGUUGAAAAGCAGAGGAGUGAUCUACAAAUCAAGAGACACUGCAGUGAAGACAUAGCUGAAGCAUCAUUGCAUUUUAUACCAAUCAGUCCAUGGCUGAAUAAUACCAGGGAAUAUUUUUGUCUGGGCGCUUGUACAUUGUUUACUUUACUUUUAAGACAACUAUGGAUGAUUUUAUAUCAGAAUCUAUUUUUGUCAAAUGAAAAUCCUCCAAUGUCACCUAAGUUGUGUGAAUGUACACGUCUAGUCUUUAUUUACCUAGUGUUACAGGCAAUAUUAUUGAUAUUUGAUGGGGAGAUUAAAUGUUGACAUGUUUGAGUAAAAAGUCAAUAUUGAAAUCCAAGUGAUUUUUUUUUCUCUUACGUUUUACCCCCUUUCCUUUUAAGUUUGUUCAUGUCCUGAGUAGUAAAAGCUUGAAUGCA